AUGGGGAUCUCAAUGUUUGAUCGGUAUGCUGAUAGAGACAUAUUCAGUCCUGUCUUAGCUGGCGCGAAUGAGCUGCAUGAGCGAAAUGGUCCAGACCAAGCAACCAUCCCUGUCUUGAUUGUUGGAGGUGGUCCAACAGGACUGCUGCAGGCUUACCUGUUGUCACGUUUUGGAGUGAAAUGUGUGAUUAUUGAGCGCUACGCUGAGAGACUCGGAGCUCCCAAGGCACAUGCUCUCUCGCCUCGAACGUUGGAGAUAUGCCGUCAACAUCACUUGGACGUAAAGCGACUUCGAUCUCUAGGUACAAAGAGAGCAGAUGCAUUCUGGGUCAAUUUCGUGACGAAUCUCAGUGGCAAGUCCGUUGGGAGGCUUCCCUACGAGCGAAUGGAUGUUGGCGUUCUUGAGCAUACUCCUGAGAUGAUACACAAUAUACCACAGCCUGAAUUUGAACGAAUUCUCACCCAAGAACUGUCUCAUGAAGCCAAUGUGGACAUACGCAAGGGUGUGUCCUUUGUAUCUCUCGACCAGAGGGACGGGAAUGUUCUCACGACCGUUGAAGAGACCGCAACCGGGCAUACUUUCCAGAUAUCCUCGAAAUAUGUGAUAGCCUGUGAUGGUGCGAAUAGCAAAGUUCGAAAUGCGCUCGGGAUCGAAAGCGAUGGAGAGGACUCAUACGAGACGAUGAUGACGAUUCACUUCAACGCAGAUUUACGUCCCAUUGUGGGAGAUCGUGUUGGGAUGCUUCAUUGGAUAAUGGACCCUUCGGCUGCGGGCUUCAUCAUCGCUUAUGAUCUUUCAGGAAAUGCUGUUCUGAUCGGAAAUUUUGAUACCGACAGGUAUCCCGUGGAGAUUUGGAAUCAGGACUUGUGUCGAAAAUUCGUUGGUGACGCUCUCGGCGUUGAAGCGCCUGUCGAAAUUCUCAGCUACCGGCCUUGGUUGCUCAGUCGCAAGGUUGCGAAAGCAUAUCGCUCAGGAAACGUUUUUCUUGCGGGUGAUGCCGCACACUCUUUUCCACCAACGGGGGGCCUAGGACUGAACUCAGGACUUGGGGAUGUGCAUAAUCUAGCCUACAAGAUAGCCUUUGUUCUCAGAGGUGAGGCUAGAGACAGCCUUCUUGAUACUUAUGAUGCCGAAAGACGACACGUUGCAAUUGUGAACUCUGUGCAGAGUGUGAAAAACGGGAAAAAGAUUUUUGGGCUUCUCAAAACUCUAGGCAUGGGUGAUGAUCUAGUUCAAGCCAGGCAAAACUUGCAUGCUUCACUAGAAGACCCCAACAAGAAGAGACAGAUCGAUCAAGGUGUGGAAGAUCAGAGAGAACAUUUUGACAAUCUCGAGUUGCAUAUUGGAUACGUUUACGGCAGCAAAACAAUUCCACCGCAUGCCUCCAAGUACGAGGCAAAAUUUGUUGUUGGCGCCAGACUCCCUCACGCAUGGAUCAAAUUUAAUCAAGAUACUAUGUUGCGUCCAGUGGAUACCUCAUAUAUCGAGGAGUUCUCGCCCGAGGAGAGAUCUUUAAGACGUUAUAGCUCACUGGAUCUUUGCGACCAUGUCAAGUUCACCAUCAUCGGGGACUUCGAAGUAUCUGGCUGCAAAACAUAUAGACAUGGAAUCGACUUCGAAGCUCUAGGGUCACCAGGCAAUGAAUGGCUGCACAAGUCCGGUCUCAGUGCGGGAGGAGGGCUCCUCCUCCGACCAGAUCAACAUAUACUAAUGCUAAUCCGUCCGGGGGACACUGUUCAGGAUAUUCAAUCGACAUUGAAUGGUCAUCUUGGCGUCUGCUAG